CCGACGAGACCGAGCUGAGCACGGUGCGGGCCGCGUUCGUCCUGUGGUCACAGCAUUCGGCAUUGACGUUCGAACGCUUCGAAACGAAUGCCGACAUUAUGAUAUCUUGGCGACGCCUACGUCACUAUAACACGAAUACCAAGGUAAACGGACAAAUUUGCUCGGACAAAUUCGACGGUCCCGGUAACGUGCUCGCUCACGCGUCUCUCCCGACGGACGGAGCGGGGUUCGUCUCCGAGGUGCACGUCGACGGGGACGAGCCGUGGCACAUUUACAUCAAUAAACAUCCCGCGGAUAGGUUCUCCCUGGAUUACACGCUGACGCGCGAGAUCGGUCACUCUCUCGGAUUGUUGCGCAAUAGGCGCAAAACAUCGGUGAUGUUUGCGAUACAGCCCGACCAGCAGUAUCCGGUCAAGCUCGACCAAAACGACAUCGCCGACAUUCAACGUUUGUACGGUGAAAAAAAAAUCGCAUGUACAUACAUCUCGUACAAGCGUUACGUUUGGUCGAUCGAUCUUGACGGUAGGACGUACAACAGGCCUUUAGCCCUUUCGCAUCACAUGAGCUUUCUUCACGACAAUUACACGCGCGUGACCGCCGCCUAUCAAUCCCCGUCCGGCGAUCUCGUGGUGUUCGUAGAUAAUUUGGUAUACUUGGUUCAAUAUCCGAAAUUUAGUCUGCGGCCAGGUUGGCCGAAGACCUUGCAAGAACUCGGAUUUCCCGAAAAAACGUUGAUCAACGGAGCAGUGAACACCCACAGAGGACGUUCCUUUGUAGUGUUCAACGGUAACUCGGUGGGCGAGAUAGACGAAUGCGACAAGG